AUGUCGCCUGGACGCUUUUACCACCUGGAGCCUCCACACGAGCAAGGCUCCCGCAUCCCAAGGUCGCCUUCUUGUUCGAGCUCCGAGGCCUCCAUAUUUAGCCGUCCCAGCUCGCCAGAGUCCGACUCCAACGAUGACGACACACCAACUGAGCUGCUUGAGUUUCUUCAUGCAUCAAAAUCCACCAGGCCGAGCCUCAGCUUAGACGUGUCCCCCGAGACCCUCAAUAGUGCCAUUGGAGACCUCAACAUCGAUGCACUACGCUGCAGUGGUGGCCAACCCUCACAGCCUCUAACAGGAGGCAGGCGGCAACAAGACGCACCGAGGAGGCACUACCCUACGAGAGAACCCCCACACCCGCGAGCCUCUUUGCCGCUGGCCAUGACGGGCUCCCCGGGACCGCGGAACGAGGCCUUUGAGAACUACCUCUCAGGGCUCCAGCAGCUGGGGUCUAGGGAGUCCGAGGUUUACCUGCUGGACCAGUCCACCAUCAUCAAGAUGGGAGACGAGAUGCUGCUGCAUGAGGCCAGCGUGCUCCAGUUUGUGGCCGAGAACACUUCGGUCCCCGUCCCGCGCGUCCUGGGCUUCGGUAGGGUGCCCGGAACCUGCGACCAGGCUUACAUGUUCAUGGACCGCAUCGCCGGCGACGCGCUCUCGGACGUCUGGGACGAGCUCGACGCCGCCGCCCGAUCCGACAUUGCCUGGCAGCUGCGCAACAUGUACGGGGACCUGCGCGCCCACAAGCACAAUUCCGUCUGCGGCAUCCUCGUGCGCGAGGAGGAGGAGCAGGUCAAUACCGCUACAGUCACCGCAAGCGCUGAAGACAAUAACAUCCCUGCCGCCGCCGCCCCCCGUGUCAGGACUUUCUACGACCAGGCCGGCUGCACCGACAACUUCUUUGGGUUUCCCGUCGGGCCCUUCGACUCGGAGCCCGACUUUGUCAACGAGCUGGCCAAUGUGAUGCUGUGCAGGGGAGGGCCCGAGUGUCUUGACGUAGUGCCCAUGCUGGAGGACCUGGCCGCGUCGAGGCGGCCGCACCCAAAAAACACAUAUCUGACCCACGGGCAGCUGAACCCCAAGAACAUAUUGAUACGAGACGGAAAGGUCGUGGGCAUCCUGGACUGGAGCGAGUCGGGCUUCUACCCCGAGUGGUGGGAGUACGUAAAAGCGCACUUUGACGGCGGCGCCGAGUCCUUUGUGGGCAGCGGCGCCGUGUCGUAUAUUCUAGGCGAGGACUAUCCCGCCGAACUGGAGACGAUGCUACAUGCAAGAGAUCUUAUAUGGUAA